AUGGUUCGGCGAAGUAGUGUUGUAGUCAAGACUGCACCAACCGAGACCAAGACAUUACUGAGCCCAGAGAGUACCGAGACCGAGACAAGACCAAGACAAGACCGAGACCAAGACAUUACUGAGACCAGAAAGUACCGAGACCGAGACAAGACCAAGACUUUUAGAGGUCGAGACAGAGACAAGACCAAGACCAAGGAUAUCAAAGGAACCGAGACCAAGACAUUACUGAGACCAGAGAUCUAUUUGUUCCUACAUGUGUAUCUGACCAUGUCUAAGAGCACCGGCACCCUGCGGGACCUUCAGCUGGCUCUGCAGCUGAAGAUCGAGGAGCUCCGACAGAGAGACGCCCUCAUCGAUGAGCUGGAGCUGGAGCUGGACACUAAGGAUGAUCUGAUCAGACAGCUGCAGAUCGAGCUGGACAGGCAUCGCAACGCAUCACAGCAGGCAGCCAACUGUGUGGAGACGGCAAACACAGGAGCAGCAGUUCAGACUCCACCAGCAGCUGAUGAGCCUCAGCGCAUGAAGCGACAGGCCAUCUCAGCGGAGCCGACAGCGCUGGACCCUUCCCAGCUCACAGACGUUACACUCACCAGCUACUGCAAGACCAAGGAAUCCAGUGAGCUGAUCCAGAGGGCUUUGAUGGACAACGACUUCAUGAAACAUCUGGAACACGGACAGAUCCUGACCAUCAUGGACUGCAUGUAUCCCACCAGUCUGGCCAAGAGCUGCUGUGUGAUCCAGGAGGGAGACGACGGCUCCACGGUCUACGUUCUGGAGGAGGGGAUGGUCGAGGUGACGAAACAAGGAAACAAACUGUGCACCAUCGGUCCGGGGAAAGUGUUUGGAGAACUGGCCAUCCUGUACAACUGCACCCGCACAGCGACUGUAACAGCUCUGACUGACAUCAAGCUCUGGGCCAUCGAUCGACAGGGUUUCCAGACCAUCAUGAUGAGAACUGGUCUCAUCAAACACUCCCAGUACACAGACUUCCUGCGCAGCGUUCCCUCCUUUCAGACGCUAACCGAGGACGUUCUCAGUAAGCUGGCUGAUGUUUUAGAGGAGACUCAUUACAGCGACGGUGAUUACAUUAUCCGUCAGGGCGCCACCGGAGACACAUUCUUCAUCAUCAGUGAAGGCCAGGUGAAAGUCUCUCAGCAGAACUCAGCCAACGAGGAGCCGGUGAUGGUGAAGACUCUGAAUAAAGGCGAUUGGUUCGGAGAGCAGGCGCUGAAAGGGUGA